AUGUGCUUUGUCAAUGUUGUCUACCUGUUCUAUAUGUGGGGCGCGAGGGACAGUGCCGUAUGCUACCCUCCACCAAAGGCAGAGCGCCACGUGACCAAAUACAGAAACGGCGCAAUCUCACCCAACCUGCUGUACAAUAACGACUUUGCUCAGAACUGGGUGGCCUGGCGACAUUACGGUCGCUACCGUCUGUCUCACUUUUCCAACGGUGUGACACGCGCCACCAAUAAGCAGCACCCAAUACAUAUGCUGGCGAUAUACGAUGGCGAUUUCAUUAAUGCCACGCCAGACCUGCCGUGGAACGGCGUGCUGCAGCCGGUCGACCUGCGUGACCACACCUCAUUCAUGGGCUCGGGCUACUACGAGCUGCGCUUCGACGUCGACUACAUCAACCUCAGCCUCAAGGGCAACCUCAACAUCAAGAUGCGAGCCGUCACAAAGGACUUCACACCGAUGGAUGCCCACACCACCGACAACGUCUUUUCCGUACCCAACACGGACGGCAGUGGCAACCAGCUGAUGAACCCGAAAAAGGGCGAGGUGCUCAGUGAUGCUGUCAGCCACUUCCUGCGCGAGCAUCAGAAGGACCUGCACGUGCUGACAUCGCGCGCAUCAUUGGUCAUGUACUCAAAGAAGCCUCUCAACUAUGUCACAUGCUACAUCUAUCCCGAGGUGCCAGGCAUCGUGUUGAUUUCAAACACAUCGCUCACUGUCCGACAUGUCGACUACAAGGAGGAUCCAAGCGUCAAGGUGAACAUGCAGCGUUUCGAAAAGGAUGACAGUGCCAAGUUGUCUGAGAAGAUUGGCGACGAGUUCAAGCUGAGGGACUUGAUGUGGGAGAAGCGCAGAGUGCAACCAUUCUACAGACAGUCCACGCGACACUUUAACAAAAAGACCGAUACGACAAUCACAGCACAGUUGGACGUCUCGCGAUUCUCACGUUUGAUCGAGUUGUGCAAGCAGUGGGAUGGUCCCAUGUCCGUGGUGAUCUAUAUAAAGGAGCAAAAGGACAUCAGAGACCUGAACACCUUGCUCGAGGACAGAGCCAACAUGGCCGCACUGGAAAAUGUCGACAUCCAUCUGGCGCACAAGAGGGAGCUCAAUGAGAAUCUAUAUCCAAUCAAUGAGCUGCGCAAUAUUGCCAUCGAACUGAGCAAGACCGAAUAUAUCUUCACGAUCGAUGUGGACUUUGUAGUGUCCAAUGGUCUGAACCAGCAUAUCAAGAGCCAUCUUCAGAGCACAAACUACCCAGUCGACGUCUUCUUUGUGGUGCCCGCGUUCGAGCUGGAUGGAUACUCGAUGGAGAACACCAAGAUAUUCCCAAAGGACAAGAGAGAGUUGGUCAGUCUCCUCAAGCAGGACAAGGCUCGACAGAUCCUUGCCGCCUCAUUCGAGGAGGCGCACAAACCAACCGACAUUAACAAGUGGAUCCGUGCCGAGAGCACGUACGAAGCGAUCUACUCUGAGCACUGGGAGCCAUUUGGUGUGGUGCAUCGCUCGGCCAUCAAGUACGACGAGCGCUUCGCCGGCUACGGCUGGGACAAGGUGUCACACAUAUACUAUCUUCACAAACUGUCGUUCCAGUUCCUGGUGUUGCCCGAGGCAUACACCAUACACAUGGAGCAUGCGACUUCGACGUCAUGGGCCAACAGGACCACCGCCGACAAAGAAUGGAUAUUCAGCAGUUGGUUCGAAUCGAUCACAGAGUUCAACUUCAAGUACUUCCCGCAAUACUUCAACCCGAUUGAUAUGAAGAAUGUGGCGACAAUGAACCACGAUCACAACAACAAUCACUGGUUCGACCAUAAAGUAUAA